CCCAUUGUAUAAUCGCAACAAUGCUGGGAACGAAUUUGAGAUGCAGACAAAUAAGGCAAUAUCUCAAUAAUACAAUUAUUAAAUGGCGUUUUCUUGGAUGCUCAGAAUGAUCUUUCCAUGUGUUGGUUAAUCUUCUCUCACCUCCAAGGCUAUAUCUGUGUUGGUUAAUCUUCUCUCAUUAACAUCACUGCUGAGAAUCCAAGAAAACGCCAUUUCUAUGGAGAUCAAGCCUGGUUUAUCAGCUUUCAUCACUGGUGGAGCCUCUGGGAUCGGGAAAGCGCUUAGUUUAGCUUUGGGAGCGAAGGGAGUAUAUGUGACAGUUGUUGAUUUCUCAGAAGAAAAAGGGAAGGAAGUUGCAGCUCUUAUUGAGAAAGAGAAUCUCAAAUUCCAUACCAAAUUGGAAUUCCCAACUGCACUGUUUAUCAGAUGCGAUGUCACAAACUCAAGAGAUUUAGCUGCUGCUUUUGAGAAGCAUGUUGCAACAUAUGGAGGAUUGGAUAUCUGUAUCAACAAUGCUGGUAUAAAUACUUCUAUACCAUUCUAUGAAGAUCAAACUGAUGGUACUCGUUCAUGGAGGCAUGGUGUUAAUGUGAAUCUGGUGGCAGUAAUUGAUUGCACUAAGCUUGCGAUACAAGCUAUGAAAGCCGCACAAAAGCCUGGAGUCAUUAUAAAUCUUGGGUCUGCUUCAGGUCUUUAUCCUAUGUAUAAUGACCCCAUCUACUCUGCCUCUAAAGGUGGUGUUGUUAUGUUUACUAGAUCACUUGUUCCAUACAAACGUCAAGGUAUUCGUAUUAAUGUGCUUUGUCCUGAGUUUGUUAAAACUGAGUUGGCAUCAAAAGUCAGUGAUAAAUUUAUUGAUAUGACGGGAGGCUUUGUUGCUAUGGAAAUGGUAAUCAAAGGUGCAUUUGAGCUCAUUACUGAUGAGAGUAAAGCUGGCUCUUGCUUGUGGAUAACAAAUCGCAGAGGUAUGGAGUAUUGGCCCACUCCAUCAGAAGAAGCUAAAUACUUGGUGCGUUCUUCAGCUUCCAGGAGAAGAGUUGCUUUUAAAGCCCCAACUAAUCUACAACUCCCUCAAAGCUUUGAAAAGAUAGUUGUUCAUGCAUUGAGUCACAAUUUCCGCAAUGCUACCAGCAUUGUAAGAACACCCCUGCAAUUACCCAUUGAACCACAUCAAGUUCUUGUGAAAGUCGUUUAUGCCGGUGUAAAUGCUAGUGAUGUAAACUUUAGCUCAGGACGUUAUUUUACUGGCAACAACAAAGAUGUUGGUUCCCGCCUUCCAUUUGAUGCUGGUUUUGAGGCAGUGGGAAUAGUUGCAGCUUUGGGGAAAUCUGUUCGGGACUUGAAAGUUGGCACUCCUGCUGCGAUUAUGACUUUUGGGAGUUAUGCUGAAUUCACAGUGGUUCCUGCAAAACAUAUUCUUCCUGUGCCAAGACCAGAUCCUGAAGUUGUUGCCAUGCUUACAUCAGGAUUAACAGCGUCAAUUGCUCUAGAGAAGGCUGGACAGAUGGAAUCCGGAAAAGUAGUUCUUGUCACUGCUGCUGCAGGAGGGACUGGGCAAUUUGCUGUGCAGCUUGCAAAGUUGGCAGGAAAUAAAGUAGUUGCAACAUGCGGAGGCAAGGAAAAGGCAAUGCUCUUGAAAGAAUUGGGAGUUGACCGAGUUAUAGAUUACAAAGUUGAAAAUAUCAAAACUGUCCUAAAGAAGGAAUUUCCGAAAGGUGUUGAUAUCAUCUAUGAAUCUGUUGGUGGUGACAUGUUUGACUUGUGUUUGAAUGCUUUAGCAGUCCAUGGACGACUUAUUGUGAUUGGAAUGAUAUCACAGUAUCAAGGAGAACAUGGAUGGAUGCCAUCAAAUUAUACUGGACUCUGUGAGAAGAUUUUAGCGAAAAGCCAGACAGUGGCUGGUUUUUUCUUAAUUCAAUAUGGUCACUUAUGGCAGCAGCAUCUGGACAGACUAUUUGAUCUUUUCUCUACAGGAAAGCUUAAGAUUUCCAUAGAUCCAAAAAGAUUUGUUGGCGUCCGUGCUGUUGCAGAUGCUGUCGAGUAUCUUCAUUCCGGUAAAAGUGUUGGCAAGGUGGUUGUUUGCAUUGAUCCAACCUUCAGCGAACAAGUGGCAAAACUGUGAGAAUCUGUUAGUGAAUCACCUUUGUGAGAAUAAUUCCUAGUUAGCUAACAAAUAAAUUUGAUGCACUUUGACAAGAAGAUUCAUCUCUAUCUUCAUUUGCAUCUCCUCUGAUGAAGCUUGUCAGAGACCUCAAAAAUCAAUCCAAGCAGAAAGACAAUCGUGAGAAGUAUAAUUAAAAUCAAAGUCAAAUGCAUAAAAGAAAACAUGAAUAAAUAAACAGAGAGUGAACACUGGAAGAUUUGUUGUACAAAUUCUGAGCUUUCUCUUUAAUUUAGCUUUAACUUCACCACAAAAA